UACAAUUCUCAACGCUUUUGUUUGAAAAUGUUUUAUUGAAAACUUUUUAAAACUGCUGUGUUUUGACUAAGUAAUUGCUGUGCAUAUUGCCAUUGCCUUACAAUUUGACUUUGCUUCAGCGUCGCUUGCAACAUGAGUUUACCCACCGGCGUGGAUAUGCAGAAUCUAAUGUCGCAGCAUCCAGUUUUAGGCGCUUUGCCGCCCGCCUUCUUUCUGCGCGCCGCCUCGGAGCGCUACCAGCGAACACCGAAAUGUGCGCGCUGUCGCAAUCAUGGCGUGGUUAGCGCGCUCAAAGGACACAAGCGUUAUUGCCGUUGGCGUGAUUGUGUUUGUGCGAAAUGCACUUUGAUUGCGGAGCGACAACGCGUUAUGGCCGCACAGGUUGCGCUGCGUCGCCAGCAAGCGCAAGAGGAGAACGAGGCGCGCGAAUUGGGCCUACUCUACACCAACGUGCCGCCGGGCCAGUCGAAUGGCGUGGAUGGCGGCGGCGGUGGCGGCGGUGUGGUCACACCAAAUCAGCACAGUCCCGCGCCACCGAUGACCAAUGCUGCCGCCUUUCAUCCCGGCAUACCGUCACCGCCCAGCGACGGUCUGGACACCAGCAACGGUCAGCGCAUACAGUAUAACGGCAAUGAAUCAGACACGGAUGUGCGUAUGCGUUCGUCGGAGCCGCUGUCGAUGGGUUAUUCGCCGGAUCGCAGCACCGAAGUGGAGAGUCCAGGUUCGAAACGCGCACGCCUCUCCAACGAGACCGAUCAAGACACCGGUUCCGAGUCAUCGCCCAGCAGUCCGCGCAUGAAGUCCCGCAACUACCAUGACAGCGGCAAUCUUUCGCCCACGCGCACCGGCCCACCCAGCUCGCCGGAAUCYGAUCUCGAUGUGGACUCGGCGCCCGACGAGGCGACGCCCGAGAAUCUCAGCCUGAAAAAGGAGGAUUCCACAUCGCCACCCAACACGCCCACUGAUAAUUUACAUUUGCUGCGCACAUUCAACAAUGGCGCCGCACAAGGUUUCAUGCCAUAUCAUCACACGCAGUUCCUUGCCGCCGCCAUGCCUGCUGCUGCCGCCGCCGCUGCUGCCGGCGUCGGCGUACAUCCGCAUAAUCAGCAUUCACCGCACGCACAGCAUCAUCAGCAUCAACAUCAUGCAGCGCAUCAGCAGCAGCAACAACAACAACAACAACAGCAGCAACAGCAUGCGUUGCCACUCGCAAUGAUGCAACAACAAAUACAGGCUGCACAACCACAACAACGUUCACCCGUCGAUGUGCUGUUGCGCGUCUUUCCCAACCGACGUCGCAGCGAUGUCGAACAAUUGUUGGCGCGCUAUCGCGGUGAUGUGCUCCAAGCUAUGGAGGCUAUGCUCUCCGGCGAAGACAUGACGCAGGCGCUUGCUUCGGCCGCAGUAGCGGCUGCCGCUGCAUCGGCCGCGGCAUCACCRCCGAACGUGCCGCCGUCACCGCCAUUCCCGCUCAAGUCGGCCUUCUCACCGCUGGUGCCACCCGCUGCAGUGUUCGGCUCACCAACCCAUCGCUACCCGCCCUUCAUGCAGGCGCACGCGAAACGCUUCCUCGCCGGCCCUUAYGCGGGCGCUGCGUACUUGCCCGGUGUGCUGCCGCCCGAUGUCAUCGAUCAAGCGGAGUCGAAUGGCGGUGCGUCAAUGGAUCGCAACAGCAAUGCUGGCGACUCGCAAGAUUGAAAAGGCUGUUGCAAGCAGUGCCCAAUGGGUGUGAGUAAUAUGUUCAGGCCGUAUGUGUAGCGUGUAUUCAGGGCGGCGCCUGCGUCCGGCUCUCACACGGCUGCACAACGCUUCGCUGAGGUGAUUUCAUUCCGUGUAUAUAUGUUGUCGUUGUAAAUAGUGGUAACUUCAAAUUACGUAAAUCAUAAYUAGGGAAUAACCGUUAUAUACUGUAUAUGCAUCCAAAUAUACACUUGUAUGUGUGUUUAUGUGCAUCCAUUUUAACYAGUGUUAACCAAAAUUGUAAGCAUUUUAUUCAAGUGUCGUAAUAUAUAAUGUAUAUUAUGGCAAAAUAUAUAAUUUAGUUUAGCAUA